CAAAUUAAAUUGCCAAAUUAUCAUCAAUUACUUAACGAAAAAAAUUUAAGAUGAUAAGAUACACAAAUAAAUCGAUAUAAAUAACAAUUAGAUUAUAAGAUACGAUAUGGUAGGAAGCUUCCACAAAAGGUUGAAUUCAGAAAAACUAUUAAGCCAGUUAAAUUGGCAUGUUCGUCAUCGAAAAAUUUGGCAGUAACUGUUAUUGGAAACGGUCUCAUGGAAACAGACUCCAAAGAACUUGCACCAGUUCUGCAAUUCACCACAUUGAAAACAGUUCCAUUGACUCAAUGUUUGGUUGAGUAUCCAAUUUUAUUGUUGAGAAAGACCGUGAUUUGCGCUCGUGGAGUACAACAACGGAGCUACAGUAAUAGUUGUCCUAUUGAUGAAUGACAUGGAGUAUCAUAGUAAUUAUCAUAGUAAUUUUGAAGAGAUUUUUCAAAACGAUGCCAAAUUUCACUUGGCAAUUGCUCAUAUUUUGAAAUAUUUGUCGAAGAAGCACCAGCACAACAAACAACAACAAUAAGAAACACGUCACGAUGCAUAUUUUAAAAAAUGUGCGGAAAAGUUCGUCUCUAAAAUACUCUUUAUUUGGUAAUAAUUUAGUUUGCAGUGCAAUUUAUUUGAAAUUCAUCAUACAAUAAAUAAAUGAAAUGUAAUAGUUCAAUGUAAUCUUUGAUCAUUGGGCUGGUAACAAAUGUCACAUUAGCAAGUUAUGGUAGCCAGACGUUUUUGUUUCCUACAAUGCAAAUGAAAGAUAGCAUUAUUUUGAAGACAGUGAAUUGUCCAUAAAUUUUUCUACCUUCUGGGAAGCCUUUCAAUUGUCACUCAUAUCAUUUGCUACAAAUAAAGUAAUGACCAGUCUAAGAGAUUAAGAUGAAAUAAAAGUAUUGACCAAAUAUUAUAAAUUAGAUCGUUUUUCGUGCACUAAUUAUUUUGCAAACUUUAGUAUAAACAUGAGUACAAAAGUACACAUUUGGUUGCUGUUCAUGUUUUUUUUGGCUAUUGAGCUUAUGAAAAUAAAUUGAAAAAAAUUCGAAGAACAGUAUUGUAAAUUUGCUACUACCUGUACUCGUUUAUAUGUUAAUUAUAUAGGCAUUCCCAGGCCAUGCUAAUUGACUAAAAAAGUACGGUGGCUUGGUUUUCUUAGCAUCUUUUGAAUUCAGUUUGAACCUGGCGUUCAAAUAGUUAACAUAAUAAAAACUUUUCAGCAACAACUGAAUAAAAUUUAGAAUUCAAAAAAGAAGUUAUCGUUUAUAGUUAUCAUUUGUGAGAAAUUUUUUCAUUCAACCUUGACUGUUCAGCAUAAAAAUGAAAUCUUUUGCUCUAAUCGCAAUAAUUGCAAGCUGUGCAUUUGCAGCUACUCUGCCAAUAAAUCAAGCUACGGGAUAUGAUUUGAUUAAAGCUCUAGAAAAUGAAAACGAAACGGAAGCCAUAAGACUCAUUGAAGACGGAACAGAUGCAAAUGUUUCCGAUGCUGAUCGUUAUUCUCCAAUGCACUGGGCAGCUAAAUUGGGCUAUAACAAAGUGAUUGAUCUUCUUAUGGAAAAGGGUUACAAAAGUCAACUUCACAACAGAACAAUAGGCUUUCGCACUCCGCUGAGUUUGGCUGUCAGAAUGCAUAACUGUGAUACAGCGGAAUUGCUAAUAAAACAUGGAAGUGAUAUUGACGCCGCAGAAAUGCAGAUUAGCUGGAAUCCGCUUCGGUUGGCAGCAUGGACGAAUGAUGAAGAAAUGGUAAAAAUACUUUUAAAAAAUGGCGCGGAUAUUCAUGCCACGAAUUGGUUUGGAUCAACAGCACGAGACAUUGCUGAAGGUUCUGGUCACUUGCGUAUCGUCCGAUUACUUGAUGAAGAAGACAGCAGACGACAAUUGGAGAAAGCAUAUACCAACUUCUAAAGAUUAAGUUUUGUUUACAAGUCAAUCGGAAACAAACAUGAAUUGCGGUCUUUCAUCAACAAACACUUUUAUCUCUUGAUUCUAUUUUCGGGCAGCGCAGUCAUUUUAAAAAUAUUUUUUGAGUUCAA